UUAAAAUUACCGAAAUAUCGAGCUCCUCGUUACCGGGUAGCUUUCCUUUUGAAAAUGAUUAAUAUUCCUAUAUAAAUGAUGAAUUUUUUUUCACUCCCUUGUUUUCCUCCCUUCGUUCUUCGUCCUUUCCCCUCUACGGUGUCCCACGCAUACAAUGAUACGCGGCGGCACCGACGAAAGCGGCUCCGACCAUUCUAUAGAAAUUUCAAACAGAAUUCUACUAAGAAAUGUCCGAUUUUAUUGCGUGGUGUUUCCUGAUUGUUGGAGGAACUUGCAAUAGGCCCCGUGAUGUUUGUGCCUGUAAAAAGAAUCAUAUCUUAUCAAUCGCUGUUAAACGUGUAAAGUCUCACACACGGUGCCAUUGCACCGCCAAAUGGAUCGUAACAGGAAAGCUAUAAAUACACAGGCAUCGCGGGGUAAACAAACUUGACCUCAGCGGAAUUCUUAUCGAUGUAUCUACAGUCGAUGCAGUGUACGCGGACACUUUUGAGGUUAUGUCGGUUAUCCUAGUUCGUUAUUCGUAUCUACGAAGUGCGUGAAAAUCCAGCUACUUUAUACAGCAACAGUAAUUAUUAUUUCGCCAGAAGGAAAGUCAAACGGAUCUUGGCGACAGUGAUUCGCGAGAGAAAAUGGUUUUUACGGAAAUAUAGAGAUAUUGGCACAUGCCUAUUAUUGACCAGUCAUUGUUGGAAUACAAAUAAAUCGUAAUCUAGGCAAUACGGUAGAAAGUGGAGCUUUUAAUAUUUGCUCCUUGACAUUAUAAUACUGAUGAAAAUGAAGUGGUCACAUGGCCCUUUGUUCUGUGAACAAGUAGGUGAACUCACUAGAGUUUUCUCGCAAUGGAACGAGUGUGAACAAACUGUGGUUCUCUAUGCUCUGCUUCGUCGCAUUCCUGCAGUCCAAGCAAGGUUUCUUGCACAAGCGGUGCAGCAUUCUUUGCACUCAGUUUCUGAAUUAGACUCACAGGAAUUAAAUGCCAAUAAUCCAGCAUUUAUUAAUUCCUUACUGUCGGAAUCAACAGAAGUUGCUAUUAAUCAACUUCUAACUCAUUUGCCGUUACUAAGGCCUGGGAAUGUAGAGUGCAAACAAUGCUAUUUAGUAGCAAUACCAGAAUUAGUAAGCCACUGUGUAACCACAGGUCAAUACACUGAACAGAUUCAACAACUCUUAAGUUAUACUUUGAUCCAUCCAGCUAUUACUAGUCAAGAUAGACGUUCUUUGACUCAAUGGCUUCGUCAUCUGGAAGAGCGUAUUAGUGGUACACCACCUAUACAUAGUCUUGAGGAAUAUACUAAUACUACCAUUAGAUGGGAUAAUGCAUGGCAGCGAAAUUCUAAACAACAAAACGAGCAAACAAACUUAUUUGGUACACAACCAGGUACUGCCUUCAAUUUGCAAUUUCCACCACCUGUAACUCGCCAACGUCGGUCAAAUAGUUUAACACCACCAGUUGCUCCGCCCCAUCAUUUAGAAGUAGUUGAUCGCAGUAACAAUGUGAAUUGUACAACUAGGCACAAACCACGAAGUUUUAGUGUCUCCGGCGACCAUACAAGCAAUCUGAUUGGAUUAGGCCCGUUAAGUCCUCAAAGCUCUUGUGCAAGUAGCGGUAGUGAAGGACGUUUAGACGAAGCUUCUAAUCUCUCACUUGCUAGUGGCAUGAGAGAUGUUCCAUCAUGGCUUAAAACGUUACGCCUUCAUAAAUAUAGUUAUCUAUUUGUUACCCUGAGUUAUGAAGAAAUGCUUCAACUGACAGAAGAACAGUUAGCAGAACAGGGUAUGACAAAGGGGGCCAGGCAUAAAUUAGCCCUUUCCAUUGCAAAAUUGCAACAGCGCUAUACUACGCUUGUAAAUUUAGAGAAAGACUUACUGCAGCCAACACGCGAUAAUACACAGCCAACGUCGUUUUCACAAGGACCAACGGUUCUGGUCAACACCAUCGAUGAGUUGAAAACAAUCUUAGCUACCCCUAUGAAACCAAGCCAAGAAAACGAUCCCCAAGACAUACCUGGGCAAUUCACCAAGGUCCUUGGUAAACUGUGUAGCAGAUUGGCAUUGGAUAGCGUGGAUGAUGGCAUUUUGUGCGCUUGUAUUAACAUAUUAGAAAAAGUAUUGCAGCAUGAUUGCUUUACACCAAACCAGAAGGAAAAGGUACAGCAGUGGCGGAGUAGACUAGGAAAUCCACGACCUACUCCGAAGUGGCAACACAAUUAUGGAUAUAAUAACAGAAGAUACUGUAACCCACAACAGCACAACAGAAAGCCAAGUUUAAACUUGGGUCACAUUCAUAAUACACAUCAACAAAACAAUUCUUUUGUGGUUAGCGCUCACAGGAACAGUAUAUCCACACCAUAUCUACAAAAUAAUCAGAACCAAAGUGUAAAUCAGAAUACCUUACGUUCAGUCCAUACGACCGAGAAACGGCCCAGUUUACAAGAAUCUAGUUUGCAGCAAUUACAAAGAACGUUACAACGCACGUACAGCGCACCGAGGGAUCAUUUUCUUGGUCAAACUGGGAACAACUCAUCCGAAACAACGGAGCCAGAGAUUAAUUCUCGCCUCGAAUCUCUUUGUUUAAGAAUGACAGAACAAGCGAUCGGUGGCUUCGGUGAGGCCUAACGAAUUCUUCGAUUCGAUGACUGGAUCUACGCAGUAAGUCCUGUUUGAAAGAAGGAAAUUUUUAUGAAGUGAUAUAUAGAUGUAUGUGUCCGAGCUCCGUUUUUUCAAAGCCGAAGGCAAGACUGACUCCCAUAGAUCUUGCGAUUAAAGAGAUCGACAGCGAUGAUAAUGCUGAUCGCGCGUAUUUGACGCGUACACAUUCACGCUUUAAUAGCCCUACCAAAUGAAAAAAAAAGAAAAAAAAGAAAAAUGUCCGACAUUUAAAGAGACAUUAUCGAGGACACUCAAUUUACGACGUCUGAACGACUCGUGAGAGUUUAAACAAAAAAAAAAUAAUAUUUUUUAUUAUACCCGAUGCAAUUAUACUAUUUAAUGAAACUGACAGAAUUUGGCAAGCCAAAUGCUAUUAGAAAGAUAGAUUCUUUCCUUGACUAUUUGCUGCAUCUAUAUAAAUGUAUUAUAUAAAGAAUAUAUAUGUAUACACAUAUGAUAGAAUUUUAUGGGAAGCGGAUUAAAUCGUUUAACGGAUUAAUAUGAUACGGAAAAAAAAUGGGGGACGAAAAAGGUACACCACAUUAUUGUGCGAUGUUUGCAAUAUUAUUUUUUCGUGUUAUCCAUUUCGGGAAAUGGAAUUUCGUCUGAUUUUAUGCGCCAGGGACACAUUAUACUAAUAUAAUGUAAUUCAUUUUAAUGAACUGACUGAUUUUACUUCUUUUUAUCAUUAUUAGAAUUAUCUUUAUUAAUCUGCUCUUAUCGCCACCGCCGCUAUUGCUAUUACCAUUAUUAUUUUCCGCAAGUGUCAUCAAAAGCUUUGCCACUUAUCAUCGUCAUCGUCGCCAUCGUCAUUACUAUCCACCAUAUUAUUAUUACUAGCAAUUAUAGUUAAUGCCAUUAUUAUUGCUAUAUACCCCUUAUUAUCACCGCUGAUACUACCAUAUUUCUUCAACAACCAACUAAUACCAAUUAUUCGUAUGCUUUUAUGCUGUUACUAUUUUUAUCCUCUAUUGUUAUUGCUGCUUCUACUAUUACCAUUCUAUCACUAUGCUAUCACUAUUCCUACUAUUCUACUACUAGUAGCGCCACUAUUACUAUUACAAGUACUGCUAUUACUACUAUUAUACUAUCUCCACUAUCACUGUAUUAUUACUGUAACUUUCCCUAGAGUGAAAGCAUACUUAAAAGGAAGAAAAAAAAAUGGAAAAUUUUGACAGUUCGUUAUGUGCAUUAAAAAGGGGGAUAAGAAAAUCAUUGUAACACGGGAAUGUACAUGUUUUUAAAAUUCGUCUUUGCUGGCCCAAGAAGAAAACGUAAACGACGUGUACGCUUUGUUGUUUGCGCACAGAUCUCGGAAUUUUUUUUACACGCACUCGUACGCGAGAGUUACCAUGUGUCUCUUCUUUCGGAAACGAAGUUAGGCUGUAACGAGAGGGAAAGAACGAAAAGGGACAUGAGCAGAAAAAAAGGCGAAGGGUUUAUACAAUAAACGGAUUUUAAAGGCCUUAAAGGAUGUAUUAAGCGAACGUAAAAAAAAGGGUAUAAGACUAAAUAUUAUACGUAGUGACGUUGAAGGAGCGAUGGGGACGCGUCGUUUAAUUGCAUCAUGGCUACGUGAUGCAACAUCGAAAUCUGUGGCUUUAAAUUAUAAGCAUACAUCAUUUAAUACUACUCUAUUUACGGACUCUAGCACUCUAACCUAAACGUCGCGAGUAAACGUAGCAUAAUAUUUUUCGUGCAAGACAAGGGAAAUGAAAACUGGAUGAAACAAUGAAAGAGGUUUAAAUUUAAUGAUUAACGAUAAUAAUAAUAACGAUUAACGUAGUAUUAGCGACUAACGUACCGAGUAAACGCGAAACAAAAAAAAAAUAUAUAUAUAAACGAAAGACUGAAUAAUUCACGCGCCGGGAGCCGGUUGAAUUUUGGACGAUUUGCACUCGUUUAUUCGUGUAGGACAGACAGCUGCACGCGCGCGUGAAUAAGAAACAAUUGGAAGACUGCGGAAGGAAAAACCUGUCAAAAUAUUAAGAAUUAGAGCGGGAUGCGAGAGCGAGCGAGCGAGCGAGCGAACGAGAGCGAGAGACGAAACGAGUUUAAACGAGAAUAAUGUUUAGCUGUAAUUUGUAGGUUGUAACGAUUAUAUAUUUUAACGAUUAUACUCUUACUAGGAUGACGAAUCUACAUAAAUGGCGCGCGGUGAUUUCUCGAUUAAUUAAAGGAAAAAAAAACAAAUAAUAAUUAGCCUGUUCAAGC